CUCAGACGCGGUGGCCGCCGCUCUGUCGCUUCAGACUUCGCUGCCGCCACCACCGCCGCCACCUCGUCCCCACCCCGCCCGUCCCGUCCUCCUUCUUCCCGUGGGCUCGCCGUCCGCCGCGGGACAGGACUGUCUGCAGAGAGAGAAGAUCUUCACAUGGUUCCUUCCAUGUAAAUUCCUGGGAGUGGGCUUUUCUAGAUCAAAUGAUGGACAGUGUCCCACCCUCGGGGAGCAGGUGGGCUGGCAGGACAGGCGUCCCCAGGCCGGGAGAAGGAGACGCUCCCAGGUAGGUGGGCUCCACAACAAAAGUCGAUCCUCUACAAACCACCAGCUCUGGCUACGAUGCUCUGAGUUGCAGUAAGUCUGAACGUUUGCCGUCUAUGAAACUGCUCUGACCCUUAGAGCCUGCUUAUGGGGGAAGGUGACGCCAUCUGGGCCCCGUCUGUCCUUCCUUAUAGCACCCUCAGCACGUUAAGCCACCACCCCCAGCCGCAUUUUGGGAGAAAGAUGGAGUCCAAGGUCUCAGAAGGUGGCCUGAACGUGACCCUGACUAUCCGCCUGCUGAUGCAUGGAAAGGAAGUUGGAAGCAUCAUUGGGAAGAAAGGAGAGACUGUGAAGAAGAUGCGGGAGGAGAGUGGUGCGAGGAUCAACAUCUCAGAAGGAAACUGCCCAGAGAGAAUCGUGACCAUCACAGGCCCGACGGAUGCCAUCUUCAAGGCCUUUGCCAUGAUCGCGUAUAAGUUUGAGGAGGACAUUAUCAACUCCAUGAGCAACAGCCCUGCCACCAGCAAGCCCCCUGUGACACUGAGGCUGGUGGUGCCCGCCAGCCAGUGUGGGUCCCUGAUUGGCAAAGGUGGCUCCAAGAUCAAGGAGAUCAGGGAGUCCACAGGUGCCCAGGUCCAGGUGGCCGGGGAUAUGCUACCCAACUCCACAGAGCGGGCGGUGACCAUCUCGGGGACCCCAGACGCCAUCAUCCAGUGCGUCAAGCAGAUCUGUGUGGUCAUGCUGGAGUCCCCACCGAAAGGUGCCACCAUUCCCUACCGCCCAAAGCCCGCCUCCACCCCUGUCAUUUUUGCAGGUGGUCAGGCCUACACAAUCCAGGGACAGUACGCCAUCCCCCACCCGGAUCAGUUGACCAAGCUCCACCAGUUGGCCAUGCAGCAAACCCCCUUUCCUCCCCUCGGACAGACCAACCCCGCUUUCCCCGGAGAAAAGCUGCCUUUACACUCCUCCGAAGAAGCUCAAAAUCUGAUGGGCCAGUCGUCAGGUCUGGACGCCAGCCCCCCGGCCAGCACUCACGAGCUCACCAUUCCCAAUGAUCUAAUAGGCUGCAUAAUUGGACGCCAAGGGACCAAAAUCAAUGAAAUUCGACAGAUGUCUGGAGCUCAGAUCAAAAUUGCUAACGCCACUGAAGGAUCAUCAGAGCGUCAGAUCACCAUCACGGGGACCCCAGCCAACAUCAGCCUUGCCCAGUAUCUUAUCAAUGCCAGGCUGACGUCUGAGGUCACCGGGAUGGGCGCGCUCUAAUCCUGCCAGCACCCGCUCAAGCCGGCCAGCCCUGGCUCAUACACUCUGUCCAGACCGCCUGCCCUUCCUCGCAAAUAUCAGUAGAGAGGGUUUUCUUUACCAACAAAAUGACAUGUGCUGUAGAUAUACAUGUACACACACAGCAAAGCAGAUCUCUAUCUAUAUCUACAUGUAUGCUCCAGGCUCUGUCCCUGAUUUUGCUCUUUAAAUAUUAAUUUAUGCUCCAAUCUGUUCAUGCAUUGGCAUGCAGUGUCUAUUAUUUUAAAUGUUUUGGGGGUGUUCCCAUCUGUGACAUUUUAGAAACAUUGUUCCUUAGUCAGUGUAACUAUCUGUUUUAGGAGUUGGUUUAACAUUUUGACAGCAUUUCCUGUAAACUGUCCCUGCUCUGACAUCUGGAGCUAGUUGUUCUGAGACUCCUCCUCUCUCACAUGCCCUGUCGUGCUGACUCAGUUUCCCCUCAGGGCCUGCCCUCUGGGCUCACGUUCCACCUCUGGUCCUGUCUUGGAAUCUGGGUGUGCCUUUACUGCCACCUAUGGGUAGUGCCAGGGAUGAGGGACUUGAGGAUGUCAGGGUCCUGAGAGGGUGCCAUGGGCCCUGACUUCCCCGAGACACCACGUGCUGGGGGGAUACUCAUGGGCCCCAGUGUCUUCCAGGGUGGCCAGGGGGCAUGGACCUGCCAGGAAGCCCUUCUGCACCAUCGGAGUUCAAUAAAUGUCAUGUACU